GGCCGCCGCGCAUGCGGGGCUCAUUCGGCUGCUGCCGGCGCCGCUGCCACUCCCGGGAGCAUGAAGGACCGAACCCAGGAGCUCCGCACGGCCAAGGACAGCGAUGAUGAUGAUGAUGUCACAGUCACCAUGGACCGAGAUCGCUUCAUGGAUGAGUUCUUCGAACAGGUGGAGGAGAUCCGCGGCUUCAUUGACAAGAUCUCGGAGAAUGUGGAGGAGGUGAAGCGGAAGCACAGCGCCAUCCUGGCCUCCCCCAACCCUGAUGAGAAGACGAAGGAGGAGCUAGAGGAACUCAUGUCUGACAUAAAGAAGACAGCAAACAAAGUCCGUUCCAAGUUAAAGAGCAUCGAGCAGAGCAUCGAACAGGAGGAAGGCCUGAACCGCUCGUCUGCUGACCUGAGGAUCCGAAAGACACAGCACUCCACACUGUCUCGCAAGUUUGUAGAGGUCAUGUCAGAGUACAAUGCCACGCAGUCGGACUAUAGAGAACGCUGCAAGGGCCGCAUCCAGAGGCAGCUGGAGAUCACUGGCCGGACCACGACCAGUGAGGAGCUGGAAGACAUGCUGGAGAGUGGGAACCCGGCCAUCUUUGCCUCCGGGAUCAUCAUGGACUCCAGCAUCUCGAAACAGGCUCUGAGCGAGAUAGAGACACGGCACAGCGAGAUCAUCAAGCUGGAGAACAGUAUCCGUGAGCUGCACGACAUGUUCAUGGACAUGGCCAUGCUGGUGGAGAGCCAGGGGGAGAUGAUUGACAGGAUUGAGUACAACGUGGAACAUUCUGUGGACUAUGUGGAGAGGGCCGUGUCUGACACCAAGAAGGCUGUCAAGUACCAGAGCAAGGCACGCAGGAAGAAAAUCAUGAUCGUCAUCUGCUGUGUGGUCCUGGGCAUUGUCAUUGCCUCCACCUUUGGGGGAAUCUUCGGGUAGGAACCAGCCCACCCGCCACUCUGAAUGGUUCACCCUGAGGAGGCCCCCUGGCUGCUGCUACCUUCUGACUCGGAGCCCCCUCCUUCCCACCCUGUACUGCUCCUUUCUCUGCCACAGGGCCCUUCAUACCUACCCUGCCCUGAGCCAUCGUGUGCAUGAUCUUUGUAAAUGUGUGUGUCCAGAAAGGCAGAGUGAAGCUAGGUUGGGAAACAGCUGGAGGGGCAGGGAUGGGUCAGCAAGGGACAACACUCAGGCCCCUGGCCCAGGCCACCUUGCCCUUCCCAGGCAGGGCUGCCCAGGGUGUCCUCACCCUACUUCCUCUGCCUUCGGUAAUUCCAUUCCAGCCUGGGUCUGCUCUCUUCUGGGAUCAGCGCUCUCUUUAGACCCCCACCUUGCCUCCUAUUGACCAGCCCAUCUGCCUUGACCUCUGUCCUCUCUAGCUGUCCCCAUAAGCUGAGCCCCCUGAGGGGUGGGGGCCAGCUGGCCACAUGGUGCUGCUUUUCAGGUUAGGUGAAGGGUGGCCCUGAGAGGCAGCCCAGCCCUAAGCCUCUAAGAGCCAGUCACUGCCAGGGAGGCAGGUGAGGCAGGUGCCGUGGCCCUAUCAAGACCAAGCUCCCUCCCUGCCAAGGGGCAGAGUCCUCUAGGUCUUGGCUGCCUCAGCCUCCCUUCCCACAUUCCUGCUGUCCCAGGAGCAACCCCUCUGGGCUAUGCUUGAGCCCAGGUAACAUUCUGGAAGAGGCCAUCUGGUUGCCUGGUCUCUAGCUGCCCUUGAGCUGGGGAGACAAGAGCAGGCCCCAGGCCUUUGCUGGGGCAGAAACCCACAGCCUGGGCCAGCCACUCUCCCUGGCAGUCCUUGGUCAAGUUCUCAAGCCAUCGUAUGUUGCAUGUGUGGGACAGUGUCCCUGCUCUCUUGUGCUCUGGGAAGUCAGAUCUCACUUCAGGCUUGCAAUCACAUCCCACCCUUACUGUCCCCGUUGAUGUGCCACAUGGGUGUCAGGUGUCUUGGAUGCAGUAUUCAGCAGCCAGCCGGAGAGGAGCACCUUUCUCCUCCCCACCAUCUCUGGGCUUCUCAAAUCAGAAACGUGCCCCUACCCCAAGACCCUUCUUCCUCAGCAGGCAGAGUGUGCAUGCGAGUACAUGCAGGGCAUGGGGCCGCGUCUGCCCAGCCGCCUCAGCUCGCUCCUGCCCAGUGACUGACCAUGGUCUGUGCUGCCUUUCACAGCAGCUCUCCCCUCGACCCCUUCACCAAAGGUCUUGGUAUAACCAGCUGCCCAUUUUGUGAAAUUUUUAUGUAGAAUAAACAUUUGUA